AAAGGGGCCGCGGGCGGGCGGGAGCGCAGUGCGAGCCCCGCGGGCACCGGGCACGGCCUCGCCACGGAUCCUACCCCUUCUCCGCACCGGCACCUCCCUCGCGGCCGCCGCAGACCAUGCCCUCUCUAUGACGGUGGCUUGCUGAGCUCACCCUGCAUGCCAGAAGAGUGUCCUUGGUUGAUCCGAGGGCUUCUGGGGACUCCGGCCUCCGCCUGGCUUUUCCACGUGUGUGUGUUCCUGUAGAACUUUCAAAACUGUUUCUCCAAAGGGUUUUGCAGAAACUCAGACUGUUUUCUAAAGCAGAAGCACCUCAGUCCCCGGCAGUAGUGAUGGGCAGCGUGCGAACCAACCGCUACAGCAUCGUGUCUUCGGAGGAGGACGGCAUGAAGCUGUCCACCAUGGCCGUGGCCAACGGCUUCGGCAACGGCAAGGGCAAGGUCCACACCCGGCAGCAGUGCCGGAGCCGCUUCGUCAAGAAGGACGGGCACUGCAACGUCCAGUUCAUCAACGUGGGUGAGAAGGGGCAGCGCUACCUGGCCGAUAUCUUCACUACGUGCGUGGACAUCCGCUGGAGGUGGAUGCUGGUGAUCUUCUGCCUGACUUUCAUCCUCUCCUGGCUUUUUUUUGGCUGUGUGUUUUGGUUGAUUGCGCUGUUGCACGGGGAUCUGGAGAACCAAGAGAACAGCAAGCCUUGCGUGUCUCAGGUGAGCAGCUUCACCGCAGCCUUCCUGUUCUCCAUCGAGACCCAGACCACGAUCGGCUACGGCUUCAGGUGCGUCACUGACGAGUGUCCCAUCGCCGUGUUCAUGGUGGUUUUCCAGUCCAUCGUGGGCUGCAUCAUCGAUGCCUUCAUCAUUGGUGCCGUCAUGGCAAAGAUGGCUAAGCCAAAAAAGAGGAACGAAACUCUGGUCUUCAGCCACAAUGCCGUGGUGGCCAUGAGGGACGGGAAGCUGUGCCUGAUGUGGCGUGUGGGGAACCUGAGGAAAAGCCACUUGGUGGAGGCGCACGUGCGGGCGCAGCUCCUGAAAUCCAGGAUCACGUCGGAAGGGGAGUACAUCCCCCUGGAUCAAAUCGACAUCAACGUGGGCUUUGACAGCGGCAUCGACCGCAUCUUCCUGGUCUCCCCCAUUACAAUAGUGCACGAGAUAGACGAGGACAGUCCCCUGUACGACCUGAGCAAACAGGACAUGGACAAUGCUGACUUUGAGAUCGUGGUCAUCUUGGAGGGCAUGGUGGAGGCCACCGCCAUGACCACCCAGUGCCGUAGCUCAUAUCUGGCCAACGAGAUCCUCUGGGGCCACCGCUACGAGCCCGUGCUCUUCGAAGAGAAGAACUACUACAAAGUGGACUACUCGAGGUUCCACAAAACCUACGAAGUGCCCAACACACCCAUCUGCAGUGCCAGGGACUUAGCGGAGAAGAAAUACAUCCUCUCCAACGCCAACUCCUUCUGCUACGAGAACGAGGUGGCCCUCAGCAGCAAGGAGGAGGACGAGAUCGACACGGGGGUGCCGGAGAGCAUGAGCACGGACACCCAUCCCGACAUGGAGCACCACAACCAGGCGGGGGUGCCCCUGGAGCCGCGGCCGCUGCGGCGGGAGUCGGAGAUAUGACUGGCGGGCUCUGCCUCUCCCGCCUGGCUGGAAGGCAAAACCCCCAGCGUGCCCAUCGGGCAAGGGCUCGUUGACCUGAGAAGUUGGCCCAGAAGAGUUUGCAGACAACGGUACUGUGGAAGCGUGGUGUGAAGGCAGCAGACCCGAGGAACCCAGGCUGGUUUUAGGGCUGUCCUCAGAGGAGGGACGACAGGAAAUGAACUCUAAACACAAAGCACUAAACAUGUCUAAGUAUGAACAGAAGGCACAUAUGUUGUAGAAUAAAUUAUGUAUAUAUUUUUUUACAAAACUUGAACUUGCAGGCAAGCUUUGGUUGGGUUAUUAUUAUUUUUUGUUUUCAACUUUUUCCAGAAUGCUUCUCUCUAGGGAACAAGAAUGUUUUUAAUGGCAUAACAAAGGCAAGAAUCUGCCUUAUUAUUAUUAUUAUAAUUAUUUUUUAAAAAGCUGCUGCUAACUACAUGAACACAAAUGGUUAUUUUUGUUGCAGUGUAGUUUUUAUUUUCUCUUGUGUAAUUUAAAAAGAAAAAAAAAAAUCAGUGUUGAACUUUUUGGGUUGAAAAGCUCAUGAUCAGUUCAGAGAGGCCAAUGUUGCCAGAAAGUUUAAACUCCUUUUGAGGCCAGUAGUUUAUAUCUAGAAUCAAUUUCUCUCUUUCCAAUUACAUAAGGGGCAUUAUGUAAUAUCAGGCCAAUCAGUAGCCUCCAGCAAAAUUAUGAUUUUUUUGGGGGGAGAAUUUAAUUCUCUGUCUAAAGGAAAACUGAGACAAAAGAUAUAUACAUAGGAAAAAGUACUAAGUUCAAACUACCUAAGUGGAUACCAAAGAAAAUGCACAGUUUUGCACAGUGGAGUUUAUU